CAAAUAUUAAUUCAAGCCGGAAAGUUUCAAAAAUAACAAAAGUAUUAUUUCUCGCCCAAGAAAAAGCGAUAUAUCUGUACAAUUCAUAUUCACUUAUUCAUUGACUAUAGUAACGUGAGAAAAAUGUACUCGCGCGUAUGCACAUACGUCCAAAACUUUUGGCUCCUGUGGUGUAGGAUAAAACAGCAAAAAAAUCAUGUACCAUUUUACAAAAUUCGCAAUGAUUUGUGAGGAAUUAAUUAUUUAACGGAAAGGAUAUACAAGGUGAGAAAAAAGUCCCCGAAAUAUCUCAGAAGGAGUAGGAUGUAAGAGAAAGAAUAAAGUAGGAUUCAAAGCGGGACGUGAACCUAGGAUAAAAUUUAGGGGUUAUUUCAAGGUCAACUUGGAAUUUUCAAAUGGGAACCCCUAUUUUUAGCUGCAGAAAUGAAAAGAACGGCCAAUUUUCAGACAAACGUUACAGGAAACGUGACAUAUUGAAUCCUGAAACCGGGUCAGCUGAUAUAGAGUAAACCUUCCUCACGCGGAUGCUUCUCCAUCUUUUUCCUUUCUCUUCCCUCCCAUCGAUAACCCCACCUGCGGCAUCACCCUUUCUCCGAGGUAAUGCACGAGGUCGUCCGUCCGUUAGUGAAAACAGCUUUCCAUGUAGAGCCUGUUAACCUACUCCGGUGCACUCUCACCGCCUUUGAUCCUCCGUGCGCUUCCAAUGCAUGACGAAGACAUCGCACCUUGGGCGAAUUGGACAAUUUCAAUCUUGGAUAGGCGAACCUAAUAACCGUAGAACCUGAGAGAACUGAAAGAAGAUGAAGGGAUGGUUCGACGCCUUUCGCAGCGAUGGCGGCCCUACACUUUACAGCUACAGCAAUCGCACUCCCGUUACAGGUGACGUUCCUCUCAUCAUUGUAUUCGUGAUAUUCGGCACCUUGUUCGCAGCGUUUCUAGUCAUAUUCCCGGGUGUUAGGAAAGAGCGAUUAACCACAUUUCUCACGGUCACGCUGAGCCUCUUCGUGGGUGCGACGAUUCAAGUGGCACAAUAUGGCUCAUCCUGGCACACGAGUUCCACUACUAUUGUCAGCAGCUAUAGUGCUUUCUCCAAACAAAAGACGACAGCCGACAUAGGGGGUUACAUCGGCUUAAUGCACAUUAAUAUAACGUACAGGCUAUUGCCGGGAAACGAGGAAAGCAGCGAUGUUGAAUACAACGAACGGUUUUGGUGGCGGAGCUCCAACGAAAUGACUAAUUCCUUCAAACAGGCUCUUUAUCAGGGCGCGCCAUUUCCCAUCGUGUCCUUGGCGGAAUAUUUCAGUCUUCAUCAAGAAGGUUUCUCCUGGGGCGGCAGAUAUCGCGAAGCCGGCUAUUACGCCUCGAUAAUGCUAUGGGCUUCCUUUGCUUCGUGGAUGAUGAUGAAUUUAUUGCUUAUGGUAGUACCACGAUAUGGGGCUUUCAGUAUGAUUUUUACGGGUCUAUGUAUGCUACUGACAAAUUUAAUUUAUACCGCACUUUUACCAUAUGAACCUUUGAUAGCUCAUAUAGAUGGAUCGAUCCUCUCAUUCGACUUCGGUUGGAAUUAUUGGUUGGUGCUAUUAGCCGGUGCGACGUGUUUUCUGGCGGGACUUAUAAUAACAGCCAUCGAUUUAAUUUUUCCUCACCAAUUCUCAACCAUUCUCGAAAUUGAUUACGACACACCGUAUGACAGACAUGUCAUCAUAGAGGAGAGUUUUGACACGCGUAACAUUAGGCGAAAAGUUCCUAAGAUCGAAGAUUCAUUCGGUGAUCGAAUAAUAAGCCAAUUGUCAUCUAAACUUCAGAAUAGACACGCCGCUAAGGAGGAUUUCGAGGGUGUCGUUAAUCGAGGGUAUAUGUCGCAUGAGCCAUCCGACAGUCCUCAAGAAAUUAGCGAUGAGAUCAACAGGAGUAACUGGUCGUACCCAUUCCCGCCAGUUUCGCGUAGAACCGUCAAUAACUAAUACCACCGUCGAAUAUCUAUAAUAUUUAUCGAACACAUUGAAUAUAUUUCAAUUAAUUAAUUAAUCUGUAUGAUCAUAGGGUAAACAGUAUAAUAUGAAAUGUAUAUAUAAAGAGAAAUAUUUAUGAAAA